CACUUCCGCCCCAAAGUCCUUUGCCAGAGUUGGACCAAGAUGGCGUCAACGCAGUUAACGGACGAGGAGCUUUACUCCGAAUUGAAGCGCUUGGGUUUCACUCCGGGUCCUGUUACCGAAUACACGAGGCCGGUUUAUUUGAAAAAACUUAAGAAGCUUCGCGAGGAGCACCAGCAAGGAGUUCGAUCCGCUAAAACCCGCAGCGGCGCUGCCGUCAACAGCGGCGGCGGCAACACGGCGGGAGCCAGGCCAUCUAGCCAUAACGUCACGCACCUGAGUUCCAGCAGGAGACCGGGCCGGAAGUCCACUGUCCUCGGCUUCAGCUCGGACGAGUCGGAUGCCGAAGCUCCACUGAAAAGGAAGGCUCUCAAUCAUAGCGACGAGGCGCCGUGGAGGAGCCCCGCUCUGAAGAUAAAGCUCGAUAAAGAGAAAAGUCGACAUGGCGCGGGGAGUCCACUGAACAGCAACAAUUCUACAUUGGCUCCGGGGGGUAACCGACGCGCCUCCUCGGGCUGGGGAUUCGCCGUUAAAUCGAGUCUCGAAGCGGAUGGACGGGAUUACGACGAAUCUGAAGACGAAUGUGAAGAGAAGUCCUCGCGUUCCUUAAACGGCAGUAGGGCGUCACACUUAAAAACACGCAAGCUAGCCGGGAAUUACUCUGACUCCGACGAAGAGGAGGAGGAGGAGGUUUGGGGCCCAGGGGGGGACCGAUCGCGCGGUAGUCUGGAGCCCAGACGGGGCCACGCGAAAGCGGCAUUCUUAGCACCGAACCCACCGGGGAGUCCAAACAUGAUGGACAGACGCAAGGAGGAGGAAGCGGGAGACGGCGCCAAGAGGAAGCCCAUCUACGUGUCGCUUUCGGAGAAUCACCGAGGAGAAGCAGAUAAAAACAACCACGCUGAUGGCGAGGACACCAGUCGCUUCAGCAUCGGGUUGAGGCCGCGAUUUUCCAGCUACAGCAGCCUAUCCCACACCUACAGGGGAAACCACUCCAACCACACCGCCCCCAACCACUCAUACAGCAAGCCCAUGAAGGAGAAGUUGUCAGCUGCACCGGAGGAUGAGCUUUUCCAGCAGUUUAAAAGGGAAGAGGUUGCCACCUCCAGCAGUUUUAGUGCCCACUACCUGUCCAUGUUCCUGCUCACAGCUGCCUGCCUCUUCUUCCUUCUGCUGGGCCUCAUGUACGUUAGGAUGCGGGGCACUGGGACAUCAGAAGUGGAUAGAGUCAUUAAGAGUCACCCUUUUGGGAGCGCGUUUGAAGCUACUCAUAACAAAACUGUUCGGGACCUCAUCUUGAAGCUGCUCCUCAAUCUCCAUGACCAUCUGGCACACAUUGCUGGACAACAUGAUUGUGGAGAUCAGCAAUACCCAAACAGAAGUCUGUCCAUAGAUGAGGUUUCUGAAUAUUUGACGGCUCAGAAUGAGAAGUUUGGAGAUUUAAUUUAUACGUCACUAGAAUGGAUCAUUCGGACAGGUCAAGAUGUCGGGAUAAGGCUGACCGGCCGGGUAGCUGACGAGCCCAUGACCGACAUUUCCGAAAUCGCUCGGCUCGAAUCCACGCAUCCGAGGAUGGCCUUCACGUGCCGCUUCCGUCGAGCUUUCCUCACCGUCAUCAGCAGAGUCCUCCUCGUAGCAGUCGCGGCUGGCGGCGUGUGGGGUCUGGUGUGUUACGUCAAAUAUCGCUGGAAGAGAGAAGAGGAGGAAACCAGGCAAAUGUAUCACAUGGUGGAGAGGAUCAUCGAUGUCCUAAGGAGCCAUAACGAAGCUUGUCAAGAGAAUCAAGAUCUUCAGCCGUACUUGCCCAUCCCACAUGUCAGAGACUCUCUGGUUCAGCCUCAGGAUCGGAAGAAACUGCAGAAAAUCUGGGAGCGCGCUGUGAAAUUUCUCUCGGCCAACGAAUCCAGAAUUCGAACGGAAAGCCAGAAAAUCGGGGGAUCCGACUUCCUCGUUUGGAGGUGGAUUCAGCCGUCUCUCAGUUGCGACAAGUCCUCGUUGAUCCCUUCCAAAGUUUGGCAGGGAAAAGCGUUCCCUCUCGAUCGACGGAAUUCUCCGCCGAAUAGCCUGACUCCGUGUCUGAAGAUCAGAAACAUGUUCGACCCAGUCAUGGAGGUCGGGGAGAACUGGGAUCUAGCGAUCCACGAGGCCAUCUUGGAGAAGUGCAGCGACAACAACGGCAUUGUCCAUAUUACGGUCGACAAGAACUCUCGAGAGGGUUGUGUGUAUGUGAAGUGCCUCUCUGCGGAGCACUCAGGGAAAGCCUUCAAGGCACUUCAUGGCUCUUGGUUUGAUGGGAAGCUAGUGACGGUGAAAUACCUGCGUUUGGACCGGUACCACCAGCGCUUCCCACAAGCUCAGUUCUGCAGCACACCCUUAAAGGCCUCCAGCCUCCACGUAAACGUUACGAACACUACAGCCAGCUCGCAGAACCACGGCUCGGCUAACUCCUCAGGCUUCUCAUGAGAUCCACGUUCAAUCCUUCCUCCCGUCAGUCCUUUUGAACAAAGCUGACUUUUUUUUUUUUUUUCCACAUUUCUAUAUUAUGUAUUUUCCCAGAGUCUUUUUCCAGUGUUGGUUUUCUACAAUCUUCGUAUCAAAAAUGCCACAGAUGUUACAACUAUUUGCUCCGGGUUGAAAUGGAGGAAAUGACUCCAAUCCUACGUCUGUUCCACAGUCCGCAGAAGUUGACUGCGGCUCAGUACGGCUGCUGCUGCAUGUUUCGUUGUACGCCUCCGUGGCAGCAUCCGGCGUUCUUUUCGGUGAACGAUGUUGUUAGCGAGAGGAAAUCGAGCAGACUUGAAGAGGACAUGCUGUAAAUACGUGGGAAUGACGGCACAAGCUUUAUUGAAUAUUCUGCAUUGAAAGCAAACCACAAGCUUCCCCGACGCGCCCUUUAUUUUGUUGUUGUUGAUAGCCACUUCUUCAUUUGUACUCCAGUAUAUUAUGAGUCAUGUGUAUUAUUUACAUCUGUCCAGUCUCUCCCUUUAAUUCUACCUGCUCCAUUUUUUUUUCCUUUUUAUAAAUGUCCACUAUCUCCCCCUUCUGCAAUGAUGCCACCGUGACCUUGGAGCACUCUAAAUAUAUUGGUAGUUUAUCAUUUGUAAUAUUCCAAUCUCUACGAAGAGACAUAACUGCUUGUUUUUUGUGUGUUUCUUACAGCACCUCUAUCAACACUAAGAUGCACCUAAUUCAUGUUUUUAAAUGCAGUGAAUUAAAAGUCGCAUUCAGUAUUUGCAGUGUAGUUGUAUGAAUGAUUUACAUUGACAAAUGUUGAUAAACCUGGUGCAUAGUUCUGCAGCAGACAUCCCAAAUGUGCCUUAAUGUGUGUGCUUUUUAUUUUUCUUGUUUUUCAAAAGACUGGCACUGCAUCGCUGUGGGGGAAUGUAGUGGGUUUGAAAUGUGGAAACGGGUUUAAAAGGGGUGACGAAAGCCUGCCAUAGAUGUAGUUUUUAGAAUUUGACAGCCUGAGAUUUGGUGUUUUGUAGCGGUUUCCAAUGAAUUAUUAAACCAAAUGCUCCUAUUUAUUUUUUUUAAUCAGUCAUGGUGAUGUACUAUUUUAUGUCACUAGAACUGUUACAUACUGUGUCAUAGCUUUUUUUUUUCCUCCCCUCCCUACUAAGGAUAGACCUGACGUCUGCUGCCAGACAAUUGUCAGGACGUGUAAAACAAAAUAAAGAACAAUUU